AUGCUUGGAGGGUUCUGUGGAACCGAAUGGCAGAAGACGGACCUCGCCUCAGAGUCCGUGCUUAUUCUAUCGCGCGUUCUCGUGCCUCUUGCCGUUACCCCCGAGAUGCCUGCAGACGAUGUUCUCUCAGUCCUCCUGCGAGGCACGCGCCUCAGCAGGAAACAAGAUCACCAUGAAUCGUCUUCCUCUUCGUCUGCGUCUCGCUUCUGUGUCUCCACCCCUGUGUUUCAGCUGCCUUCGCGCCGGAAAGAGGCUCGCGGGAAGUUGCAUGCGGCGUCGCCUGAGGAGUCUGCGGAGCCUGUGGACUUCUUUGCCGUCUACGACAGCAGCUCUUCUCAAACGAAUGAAAGAGGCGUUGGCCGCAAGGCGGCCAAGACCGGAGACAGCGCUCCCGACGCACCUUCGCGGCGUCUGUCGAAAGGAAAAAGAAGGACAAGGAACGCGUUUGACACGCCUCAAGACGGAGACGAGAGCGAGGAGGAAGAUCGCCUAUCGGGAUGCGACGGGAAGGCUCAACGCGCUCGCGAAUUAACCACCACUGAAGCAGCCACGCUUCGCCGCAAGAACCGAAUCUACGUCAAGGCAGGGGCCGAGGUUCUCGUCCCCCCGCCGUUUUCUUCUUUUUCAGACUCUCUCUCUCCUCGAGCGUCUGAGGCGUCGACACAGGCGCCUCACAAAAAAUCCCAGCAAGGCGGAAAGAACGCCGAGGAGCGCAAGCGGGAAUUGGAGGGUCUUGGAAGUAGCGGAGAGGGCGGGAAACGCGCUUCUCUAGGUUUGCCACUCUGGCUGCAAGAGCGGUUGAAAGGUCGAAGCAUUGAAAAGCCGACUCCGAUACAAAUGCAAGCUCUUCCCCUGCUUCUUGGUGGUCAACACCUGCUCGCUACGGCUCCUACAGGCUCAGGAAAGACCUUUGCGUUCCUUCUUCCUCUUAUCACCCUGUUGAAGAGACCAGGGAAAGAGUUUGCGCGUCUCCUGGUCGUUUGCCCGUCCAGGGAGCUCGCGAAACAGACCCAGCGUGAAUUCGACAGUCUUGCAGGUGCGCGAGGGUUCCGAUGUCGUCUUUUAGACGAGCAAAAACAGGGCACAGACCAGCCGCUCUCACAAGCGAAGCGCGUCGAUGCAGUUGCCACAACUCCUCUUCGACUGGUCCAAUUUCUUCGCGACGGCCGCGUGUCGCUCGCGCAGUGUCGCCACCUGGUUCUCGAUGAAGCAGAUAAACUGCUUGAUCUAGGGUUCGCUCCACAGCUGGACGAGAUCCUGGCCGGGUGUACCUUUCCGCGGCUGCAAGUGUGUCUCUUCUCAGCUACGCUCCCGCCUGAGGUGCUUCGCCUCGCGGACUCGCUUUUGCACAAUCCAGUCCACAUUUCCAUUGGCGCGCCCAAUGCCGCAGCUACGUCGAUUGAGCAGGAAUUGCUUUUCUGCACGAACGAGGAGGGAAAGCUUCUCGCGCUUCGAACGCUCCACCUCACGGGCAAGUUCGUGCCGCCCGUUCUCAUUUUUGUGCAGAGCAAGGAACGCGCGAAGCAGCUGUACUGCGAGUUGGUCUACGAUGGCAUCUUUGUCGAGUGCAUUCAUGCGGACAAAACAAAAAAGCAGAGAGACGACAUCGUGGAGGCUUUUCGCCGGGGUCAGAUCUGGGUGCUGAUUUGCACAGACGUCAUGGCCAGAGGUGUUGACUUCAAAAAUGUAGAGCUCGUGAUCAAUUACGAUUUCCCCCAGUCUGCUGCGGUGUACAUACACCGCAUCGGACGCACAGGCCGAGCGGGGCGACAAGGCCGGGCCAUCACAUUCUAUACAACCACCGACAUUCCAAACCUGCGGAGUGUUGUCGGAGUCAUGCAACAGACGUCAACGUGCGAGGUGCCGGAGUGGCUGCAAAAAAUGACGAAAAUGACAGCGAAGCAGAAACGCGAUCUCCAAAAGCGUGCGCCAGAAAGAAAACCGAUUCUGACAACUCCCGCGACCGACGUGCGGAAGGAGAAGAGGCGCCAGCAGGCCAUCGAGGCGAGCAAAGCAAAGAAGCGGAGACGCGAAGCAGCCGAGGCAGGUUCUGAGUGA